GCUGAGGUGUCUACGGCUGUUGGUCAACCCACACCACAAACAACAGAGUGUGUAACUGCAAAGGAAGAAGGACCACCUGGUGUGACAACGGCGAGAACGACGUCCGAGAAAACUACAGAAAUUGGUGAAGAGUGCACUCCUGCAAACCAGCCCACACCAAAGGUAGAGAAUAAAGUUCUAAUGCACUAUUUACAGGAUGAGGGCUGCAGGACUGCAUCUGAGCCCACUCCGAGAGCGGAUGAGGGCUGCACGACUGCUCGCGUGCUCACACCGAAAGCGGAUGACGGUUGUCGGACUGCUUCUGAGCCUACGCCUACGGCUAUGUAUAGGACUGCUGUUCAACCAACACCAACACCGGCUGAGGUGUCUACGGCUGUUGGUCAACCCACACCGCAAACAACAGAGUGUGUAACUGCAAAGGAAGAAGGACCACCUGGUGUGACAACGGCGAGAACGACGUCCGAGAAAACUACAGAAAUUGUGACAAAACGCACGACCGAGAAAUUCAUAUCAGGUGAAGAGUGCACUCCUGCGAACCAACCCACACCAAAGGUAGAGAGUGAAGGUUCGAGGACUGCUGUGCAACCUACACCAAAAGCGGUACGAUUUUUCGCUCUAGUAACUUCUCGGUCUAUUAUAUUCAUCACUUAA